GUUUCCUGCUGCGGUGAGAAUAGCGGCGUCGUAACAGACUGGGAAGACUGAAGAGUACUACCACCACCACCACCACCACCUCAGAAAUAACUCCACUGUACAAUGAAACUGUUAGCAGCAUCUUCCUCUCUGGAAAUCCGCUACGUCACGGUUAUACUGCUGGUGAUAGGCCUUUCAAGUGCUGGUGUAGCAGAAAUCAUCAGUCUGGACUCGGGCAACAUUGAUGAUAUCUUAAAUAAUGCUGGGGUAGCAUUGGUGAAUUUUUACGCCGACUGGUGUAGGUUCAGUCAAAUGCUCCAUCCAAUUUUUGAGGAAUCAUCGAACUCCGUGCGGGAGGAGUUCCCGGACACAAAGCAGGUGGUGUUUGCUCGCGUUGACUGUGACCAACAUUCGGACAUUGCUCAGCGGUACCGCAUCACCAAGUACCCAACAUUGAAACUGUUCCGCAAUGGGAUGAUGAUGAAGAGGGAAUACAGGGGUCAGAGGUCAGUGGUAGCCAUUGCUGACUUCAUCCGGCAGCAGCAGGUCGACCCCGUGAAAGAGCUGAACUCACUGGAUGAGAUUAAAACUCUGGAUAAGUCAAAAAGAAAUAUCAUAGGUUACUUUGAAACAAAGGACUCUGAUGGUUACCACUCAUAUGAAAAAGUUGCCAAUAUUCUGCGAGAUGACUGCACAUUCUCGGCUGCCUUUGGUGCUGUCUCUGAGGCCGAGCGCUUCAGUGGAGACAAUGUGAUCUACAAACCACAGGGCGAAAACGCUCCUGACAUGAUCUACCUCGGCUCACUCUCCAACUUUGACCUGACUUAUGCUUGGACCCAGGACAAGUGUGUGCCUCUGGUCAGGGAGAUCACGUUUGAAAAUGGAGAGGAGCUUACUGAGGAGGGAAUCCCGUUCUUAAUUUUGUUCCAUUUGAAAGACGACACAGAGAGCUUAGAGAAAUUCCAACAUGAAGUGGCUCGUCAGCUCAUCAGUGAGAAAGGGUCUAUAAACUUCCUUCAUGCAGAUUGUGAUAAGUUCCGCCAUCCUCUGCUCCAUAUUCAGAAAACUCCAGCUGACUGCCCCGUCAUAGCUAUUGACUCAUUCAGACACAUGUAUGUCUUUCCAGACUUUAAAGACCUCAAUAUCCCUGGCAAGUUGAGACAGUUUGUGCUGGACCUUCACUCUGGAAAGCUUCACCGGGAGUUUCACCAUGGUCCUGACCCCACUGACAGCACACCUGGACAGGAGGAGACGGGGGUAGAAGUUGCCAGCAGUCCUCCCAAUAGCUCCUUUCUAAAGCUCGCACCCAGCGAGACUCGAUACACCAUCCUCACAAGGGACCGUGAUGAGCUGUGAGCUGUACAGUCUUUCAGUGAUCCUGUGACUCAAUGCCAUGCCCUGGGGUCUGGGAGGGGUUUUUGUGUUGGGACAGGCCAGCGGGACAGAUCAGCAACACCCAACACCCUUACUGAGAAAUGAGGGAGAGAUGGAGAAGAGGACGAUGUUGAUGAAGAAGGAGAAAUAGAGGAGAUGAGAGGAGCACGGCCCAUGACACAACCAUGUUGGAAUAACCUAUAUUUUCAUACGUCUUUCACGUACAGUUUUUAUUUUGGAUUAAAAGGAAUGAAAGAAGGGUAGGUUAAAUAGAAAUGUGUGGGCAGGGGGUUUGGGACAUUUCAGCAUCAAUAGAAGUGUUUUUACUUUCUUUUUUUUUUUGAGCUUGUAAAUAUGUUUGUGCUACAUGGGAAUCUCAUUGUUGGUCUAAAUUAAAUGCAGAGUAUUCUUAAUUUUAUUUUUAUUUUUCAACAUGCUUUCUGACAGGAACCCCAAAAAAAAAAACCCUUUACUCCAGUUGUAUGGUUCGUAUCUGUGGGUCAUCCAGUUCACUCUGAUCGGAGACUAUUAUUUAGUCUCGCCGACCUCAUGGCUGCAUCUCAAUAUGACCAACUUGUAGUAUGAUAAUUUGUAUAGCACAAGUUAAAAAAAAAAUGCCUGUUUGAAGUACCUGUAUCUCCAUAUCUUCGCCACACACAUACACACAGCGUUCUGAAGGAAUAGAAACAUAUACUGAAUAACUUGGUAGGCUUAACAUAAUUUCAGUAACAGGAGAUUGAGACAGAGCUACACCAGCCUAUUGAGAUGCACCCUUUCUCUCCUCUGGUACUAAAUGGUAAUAGAUUAUGAUGUCUCUUAAAGUGCCUGUAGAAAAUGUUCAUCCCCUUGAAUCUUUUUAUAUUUUACCUUCUUACAGCACUGCAACAGAGUGGAUGUAACAAGGUUGUUGUUGUUUUUUUUAUCCUUGACAAAUUAGUAAAAAAUACACCAUCCCCACCAUGAAGCCUGCUGGUGGCAGCAUGAUGUUGUGUCAAGGUUUCUUUGCAGCAGCUUCUGGAGGCUUGUGAUAGUGGAAAAAACCAAAGGGAAGCGGCAAAGAGAAGUGACAUGAACCUCAUACAUACAAGUCAAAUUAACGCUGAAAAAGAGCAACAACAAAACCAACAAUGUUGACCGUACCUAAAAGUAAAUUUGUAAAAUAGAUCCUUCCGUCACAAAUCUGGACAAAAUUAUAUUUGACAUGAAAAUAAUCUUUUCUGCUUGUCGAUGUCAUUCCCCAAAUCAGUUUACAUCCACUGCUAUGAAAUGAUAAAAUGUAAAAAGGUCAAAGGGAAAUGGCUACUUUUCAUAGGCACAAUAUUUGCAUAACAUCAAUUGUGUUCCUGGGAAUCAAAAACGAUGAAAAACGUUUGAAAUGGUGUACUUUAACAUGAUGGUGAAUUUAUGAAAUGGCUUUUUUUUUGCUGUUACCUGUUGUCAAAUGUGUCAUCAUGCUGGGGAACAAAAGAGUUAAAAAAAAGAGUAGACAACAGGGGAAAACCCACGUAAUGAACAGUCUGUCACUUUAUACAAGUCCUCUUAAAACUAGCCUUGUCUCUUUUACUGUCUUUGAGGUUUUUGGUACAAGUCUACAUCUGAGAUCCACUGAAUGGAAUCCUAAAGUGGAGGCCACAUUAAAGAGUAAGGGGAACCAUUGCUAAGUUGGUACUGUCAGCAUCCUGCUCUUCCAUUGAGGCCAACAGAUGCCUGCUUAGUGACAUAUCAGCCCACAUACAGGAGAGCAUCAUCAGGUAGUGUGAUGCCAUUUCUGAACCAGUCAUCUCAGAAGGGGAAGCCGAUGAAAAAAUGAAAAAGUAAAUUAAAAAUCAUUUUACAAGA